AAGUACCAGCUCCAACCCCAAAGCUCAACCUUGAAAAACACGCAGAUCUCUCUUCUCUCCUCGCAUUCCGACCUUGAUCGAAGACCUCUUUCAGUGCUGAUUGGAUCUGUCGAUCUAGUCUGGCUUCUGAUUCGCAUUCAGAUAAGCGAUCAUUUCUUCUUUCUCGGAUAUCCAGGGAUGAGCAAAGGCCUUGUUGACGGAGUAUUUAUCAAACCCUUGCUGGAUUGAGGAUUGUUGUUUGGAGUAGGGGGUAAGGAAGGGGUGGGAGAUGUUCUCAUUGAUUUAUGGGUUGUGGAAGUACUGGUUCAGCAAGACUGAGUUCCAUGUUCUCAUUCUUGGAAUCGACAAGUCUGGGAAGACGACUUUGUUAGAGAAGUUGAAGUCACUGUACUCAAAUCUCGAAGGUCUUCCACCUGAUCGCAUUGUUCCAACAGUUGGGCUUAACAUAGGCCGACUUGAAGCUGCACAAUCAAAGCUUGUCUUUUGGGAUUUAGGAGGUCAGAUUGGUUUACGCACUAUUUGGGAGAAAUAUUAUGAAGAGGCUCAUGCCAUAAUAUAUGUGAUUGAUGCUGCUAGUCUGUCUUCUUUUGAAAGUUCAAAGUCUGCACUGGAGAAAGUUCUUCGACAUGAGGAUUUACGAGGAGCACCACUUCUGAUUCUGGCAAACAAACAGGAUCUUCCUGGAGCUGUUUCAGCGGAGGAACUAGCUAGAUAUUUGGAUCUCAAAGAAUUGGAUGAAAGGCUUUAUAUGUUUGAAGCCAUAUCUGCAUAUGAUGGAAUGGGGAUUAAAAACUCAAUUGAAUGGUUAGUGGAGGUUAUGGAGAGAAGCAAAAGGACAGAAACGCUGAGAAUCCGUGCAGGUGCAGCUGGGCAUGUAUAGAGACCUCCUUUGCUUAUAUGCAGAUCAAUCGAUCAUCAAAAAGAAUUGCAUUCAAUAUACAGGAAACAUUUACCCAACAAAUGUAAAUCAGUCCUGGCUGAAAUCUUGUUGUUAGUUCCUUACACUGGUCAUAUAUUUUUGUAUUUUCAUGUAUGUUGGCCAACCUUUUUAUUAGGAUAACAUCUAUAAAAUGUUUUUGAGUGCACAGCAAUCCAAAGAUCAUCAAGAAAUGGCAUAUCACUCGGUGAAAGGUGAUAUUUAUUCUUC